AUAUAUAUAUACACACAUAUUUAUAUAAACACCAUGGUUGUAAGGUGGAGUCUGGACUUGUUUGUCCAGCACAUCCCACAGACACUCUGAGAUCAUAAUUUGUCAUGUUCCCCAAACGGUUCCUGAACCAUUUCUGCAGUGUAUCAGUGAGAAUCAUCCUGCUGAUGGAGGACACUGCUAUGAGUGAACACUGUUGAUAUGAAGGUGUGUAGUUAUUCUGAAACAAAAUUUAAGUAGGUGGAACAUGUCAAAGUAACAUUCACGUGAAUUUCAGGACCCAAUGAAGCCCAAUUAAAACAAUGCACACUGCCAGCUUCACUUCUUGCCUCAGUUCGUCCUCGUGACCUCUUUACCAGGUAAGAGACACACACACACACUUGGCGAUCCACACAAUGUAAAAGAUACCACGAUUCAUCAGCUCAGAUCACCUUCUCCCACUGCUCCAUGAUCCAAUUCUGAUGCUCACAUGUCCAGUGUAGGAGCUUUCAGUGGUGUUAAAGGGGUCAGCAUGGUCCCUCUGACUGCUCUGCAGCUACACAGCUCCAGAAACAACAGGCUGUAAUGCUCAGUGUGAUCUGGCCCAUUUCCAUCACAGCCAGCAUUCACUUUUAUAGCAGUUUGUGCUACUAGUUCACUGGUUACCCUUCCUUAGAGCACUUUUGGUAGGGUAAUAACCACUGCAUAGCGGGAACACCACACAACAUAUGCUGUUUUGGAGAUGCACUGACCCAGACUUUUAGCCAUCACAAUUUGUCAAAGUCACUUAGAUUAUUACACUUGUCCAUUUUUUUUCCUGCUUCCAAAACAUUAAGAACUGAUGGUUCACCUGCUGCCAAUCAAAUCACACCUUUAUCAAUGUAUUGGGAUAAUCAAGGUUUAGGAAUUGUAGGAAAGGGGAAUAACUAAACAAUAAUUAUAGAUAAAAAGAAAAGUAUGACCUUAAACAUGUUAAUAAGAGCAGACGGUGAAGGAGUCUGCUGGACAUCUCAUCACUUUGCAGGUCUGGAACCUUCUGGAAGAAAGUUUGGAGUGAGUUGCGUCAUUGUGUCGUAACAGAAGAUGACGUAGAGAAUGUAAGAAGAAGGUUUCAGUGUUUAUUGUAUCUUUCUAACAGAGCGGCUUAUUAACCGAGGUCAGUGCUACAAUGCUGCAUUUAAUGAGUUUAUUUCGUUUUCGGAUGGCGGAUCUUCCUGUGCGCCCUCUGCUGUUUGCGGCUGGAGCUGCAGCCACGGCCACAGGGGUUUAUUACUGGAUGAAGAAGCGCGGGAAUGGAGAGAAAACAGAGGAGCUCCCGGACACAGCUCUCACCGAGGAUUCUGCUUCGGUGGAGUCCGAUGAGGACGAUGUCCGAGUCCCAGAGUCUGACCGCGCUGUCCACCCUGAGGUUUCUCUGGUUGAGGCUGAGGAGGAGAUUCAGAAGGACGAGGUGGUCAGUGCUCCGGUGGACAGUGAGAGAUCUGACCUGAAGGAUGGAGUGAGGGAGCAGGAGGAAAAGCUCCGUGAGGCACACAGGGAGUGUGAGUGCAAAUCCAAGGUACAGUUGGCUGAGGACAUUUAUGAGCUGGGGAUCGAUCUCUGCGCUCAGCUGGAAAUGGAGAAGUCUGAACUAUUGUCUAAAGUGUAUGAGCUGCGAGACUCAGAGCAGGAGCUGAAGAAAGGACUGUCUAAGAUCCAGGGACAGUAUAAAGAAGUAUUGAUGAAGCAUAAGCAGAAAACUCAGGAGCUACACAUCCUGCAGGUCACACACAAUGGCAUUAAGAAAUUUCUACUAAAGGAGCGUAAGGACAGAGACAGGGAAUACAAAGAGUUGAAGUUCUCUUACGAUCGGUUGAAGGAGACCUUAAACAACACAGAGAUCUCUCUGGCGGAAACCAUUGAGAAAUAUGAUGACACACAAUGCUGGAAUGAAGAAAUAAUAACCCACCUGCAGCAAAAGAUGCUCCAAGUUAACAAUCAAAUGUUCGAUGAAGAAAUGAGGCUGCAAAAAGAGAAAGGACACUUGCUGUUGAGGAAUGAGGAGGCAUUAAAACAGCAUGAGAAGUUACAAAUGGAGUAUAAGCGAGAACAGGGGGCUUACAGUAUCAUGAAGGCACUGUAUGAUCAGAUGAAGGAAGCUUCAGUACACAACAAGGAGUCGCAAAAGGUGCAUACUCUGCAAGCCUUGGUACAGCAGCUGGAGGAACAGAUCUGUGAAGCACGCAGAAUGUAUGACAAGAUAGUGGCGGAGCAGGAGCAAAGUCAGGCACACAGUAAACUGAAGGCAAAGCACACAGCUUGGAUGGAAACUCUGAAACAGUGCUAUGAGUUACUCAAAAGCCAUCUUGGACCUGAGGAGAGUGGGGAGCCUGAGGAGGGUGGGGAGCCUGAGGAGGGCGGGGAGCCUGAGGAGGGUGGGGAGACUGGGGAGCCUGAGGAGCCUAGGUGUCUGUGAACCCACAAAUCCUACCCGGGGCAGUAUUUAACACCUGUUUUUUCUUUAUUGCAUGUGCUCAUAUGCCAAUACAUCCGUGUAGUUUUUCCAGAGUGGGUGGAGGGGGGUGGACUUUGCACUAUUUAGGGCCUGACUCACAGGACAAAUCAGGGGAAUGUGUAUGCUUGAAAUAUGCCAAGGAUCUCAUCAGGGAGCUCCUGCUAAGGGAGUGUGGUCCAGACCAUCAUCUCUUGAGAUAUAAGCCAAGGAUCUCAUCAGGGAGCUCCUGCUAUGGGAGUGUGGUCCAGACCAUCAUCUCUUGAGAUAUAAGCCAAGGAUCUCAUCAGGGAGCUCCUGCUAUGGGAGUGUGGUCCAGACCAUCAUCUCUUGAGAUAUAAGCCAAGGAUCUCAUCAGGGAGCUCCUGCUAUGGGAGUGUGGUCCAGACCAUCAUCUCUUGAGAUAUAAGCCAAGGAUCUCAUCAGGGAGCUCCUGCUAUGGGAGUGUGGUCCAGACCAUCAUCUCUUGAGAUAUAAGCCAAGGAUCUCAUCAGGGAGCUCCUGCUAUGGCUGCUUUAUGGCUGCAAUUAUGAGAAGGGUGGCUCAGCUGUUGCUUUUUUGUGGUUAAAAAAAUAUUCCAGAGGUGGUGAUGAGCAUGCCUUUGCAUGUCCUUGUGCAUCUCCAGCACACUACCAGGGGGACUCAGACAUCUGGUAAUCAGGAAGGGCCUUGUAGUGGUAUCUGAGCCACUGUUAGACAGUGGAGGAAAUACCUUCUGGCCUAUUAGUUUUGAUAAUCUGUAAAGGCAUUGAUGUCUUGGCAUAUGUGCAGAAGAGUCUAUCCAGGUGUUCAUCACACUACCCCUGGUGGUUAGGAGGGGAUAAAUAGACCUACCACCAACCUGCAGGGGCUCAUGAUGAAGGAUGGAGACAAUAAACACCAGGGGUAGUGUGAUGAAGUGUGUGUAAUUUCCACUUAAUUUCCAGCUGUGAUCAGGAAAUUGAAAAGACAUUUCUCGGUGCAUGGCACACCGUACAUACUCAUUUCUGAUAAUGCCAGACAGUACACAAGUCAACAAUUCAGAGAUUUUGCCAAACAGUGGGACUUUAUCCAUGUCACCAGUAGUCCAGAGUUCCCGCAGUCAAACGGCCUGGCAGAGAGAGCAGUCCGCAGUGCCAAACAGCUGAUGGAGAAAUCUCACAGAGAUGGGACAGAUGUAUUCCUAAAUCUCCUAAAUCUGAGAAACAUUCCCCGUGACCCGACAUUAGGUUCCCCUGCACAACGCCUUUUGUCACGACAGACACGGCCAACCAUUCCCAUCAACUCCAAGCUGUUAGAACCAGCUCCCAAAGAUGCCCAGCAAAUCACUGCACAGCUCCUCCAUAAGAGGAUGACCCAAAAGCGAUACUAUGAUGCCUCAAGUCGUCCACUGCAACCACUGGUAGAGGGACAAGUUGUCAGAAUGCAAACCCCGAAAGGAUACAACCACCUUGGUAGAGUAAAGGAGGUGAACAACGAACCUCGGUCCUACACAAUCCAAUGCAAUGGGAGAACAUACAGGAGAAACCGACGCCACAUCCUUCCCGUUGCAGAGCCCCCUACAUCAUGACUGUCUCAUGAAGACAUUGACUCUCAAAAUACCAUUUUAACAAAAGUACAUUACACAUUACCUCAGAGAAACUUGGUU